UUACUAAAUAUGGAGGAAUCUGAUGAAGGUGGAUUUUCGCUCACGGGUUUGUUCUUUGAAGGACCAACUGCAGAUAAAGUAUCAGGAGAUCAGACACUUAAAGGUUGGCUUCAUGCGCAAGCUCCUUGCAUUGCAGAAAUUCCACCUACUCAAGAUCUUCAAGAUGAACUAAAAAGUGCAAAAUCAACAGCAAUGCUAAUGAAACCAAAAAAGUUUAUCCCUCCAUUUAAGAAAACAAAUGCUGAAAACCAGUCUCCAGUGACAUAUGCCUCCCAAUGUGAAAUUAAUUUGAGCACAGACACAGGAAAUACAAGUUCAGGGAAAGUGUCAUUAGCAUUUCCCUUGUGUUCACAUGUUGAUGAUGAGGUUCAAAAUACGGAUUCUCAACAGAUUUCGUUACAAAGCAAAUUACAGGCAACCAAAAAUGACAAUACAAGCAAGUUCAAAAAAAGCUUGUUUAAAAAAUACAAUUAUGCAAAUGAAGACGGACUUGUAGCAACAGAAAACACUAUUUCUUCUGUCCCUGGGAAUCACAUAGAAACAGAUGGAAACUUACUGCAAAUAAACCACGACGUGAACUAUUCUCAAACUUCUGAGCUCUAUAUUCAAAAGGAUGGUGGUGGUUCUCUUCAGUUUGGUGCUACAGAUAAAGAAACAUUUCCCUUUCCCACAUCUUUAACAGUUCUUAGUACAAAAGAUGAGCCAAAAUAUGGAAUUUUAAGGCCCGUCACAGAAAUUCGUAUCCUUUUCUUCCACCCCAAUGCAAUGGGAAUCCUGGCAUCUAAACAAUUUAGGAAUAUCUUCAAAGAAUUUCCUUAUUUUAAUUAUAUACAAUCUAAAGCCAUAGAUGAUCUUCUUUACACAGAUAAAAACUUCGUAAUUUGUGCUCCAACCGGAUCUGGGAAGACAGUGAUAUUUGAACUAGCAAUUACUAGAUUAUUAAUGGAAGCACCAAUGCCUUGGAUGAAUAUAAAAAUUGUAUACAUGGCACCCAUCAAAGCUUUAUGCAGUCAACGAUUUGAUGAAUGGAAAGAAAAAUUUGGACCUAUUGGGCUUACUUGCAAAGAGCUCACUGGAGACACUCAGAUGGAUGAUCUUUUUGAGAUUCAGCAUGCCCAGAUUAUCGUUACAACACCUGAAAAAUGGGAUAGCAUGACUAGAAAAUGGAGAGAUAAUUCUUUGGUUCAGCUUGUCCGCCUCUUUCUUAUUGAUGAGGUGCACACAUUAAAGGAUGAAAGCAGAGGAGCCACACUUGAAGUUGUAGUCAGUAGAAUGAAAACAAUGCAGUCUUCACUUUCACGCAUUACCAGAGAAUCGGACAUACCAGUUCCUAUGCGAUUUGUGUCGGUUUCAGCAACAAUUCCCAAUGCUGAAGAUAUUGCAGAAUGGCUGUCAGAUGGAAAACAUCCUGCUGUUUGUAUGAAAAUGGAUGAAACUCACAGACCUGUCAAACUUCGCAAAGUAGUACUGGGCUUUCCUUGUAGCAGUAACCAAACGGAAUUCAAAUUUGACCUGACUCUUAACUACAAAGUGGCUGGGGUUAUACAGACUUACUCAGAACAGAAGCCAACUCUUGUAUUCUGUGCCACAAGGAAAGGAGUGCAACAGGGAGCCACUGUCCUUGCAAAAGAUGCUAAAUUUAUCAUGAACAUCGAACAUAAGCAGAGGCUUCAGAAGUCUGCUAAUGCAAUAAAAGAUGCAAAGCUCAGAGAUCUUAUGUUAUAUGGGAUUGGAUACCACCAUGCUGGAGUUGAUGUAUCUGACAGAAAAAUAAUUGAAGCGGCAUUCAGAGAAGGAGAUCUACCUGUACUUUUCACUACCAGUACUUUGGCUAUGGGAGUAAACCUACCAGCUCACUUAGUUGUCAUAAAGUCAACAAUGCAUUAUGCUUCAGGAAUGUUCCAGGAAUAUAAUGAAACAGAUAUUCUGCAAAUGAUAGGGAGAGCAGGAAGACCUCAGUUUGACACCACAGCUACAGCAGUUAUCAUGACAAGGCUAAACACAAGGGAAAAGUAUGUGCACAUGCUAGAUGGAGCAGACACAAUAGAAAGCAGUCUGCAUAGACAUCUAGUGGAGCAUCUGAAUGCAGAAAUAACACUGCAUACUGUCACAGAUGUUAAUAUUGCUUUGGAGUGGAUCCGAUCUACUUUUCUGUACAUCAGGGCUCUAAAAAACCCCACUCAUUAUGGUUUUCCAGAAGGAUUAGAUAAAAUGGGAAUUGAAGCAAAGUUGCAAGAGCUUUGUUUAAAAAAUCUAAAUGAUUUAUCUUCCGUGGGUCUGAUUAAAAUGGACGAAGAAGUCAAUUUUAAGCCAACAGAAACAGGGAAGCUGAUGGCAUCAUACUACAUUGCCUUUGACACAGCAAAAUUAUUUCAUACAAUUAGUGGAACUGAGACACUCUCAGAAAUGGUUGCAGUGUUAUCAGCGUGCAAAGAAUUUGCAGAUGUACAGCUGAGAACCAAUGAAAAAAAAAUAUUGAACACUUUGAAUAAAGACAAAAACAGAGUAACCAUUAGGUACCCGAUGGAAGGGAAAAUAAAAUCAAGAGAAAUGAAAGUGAAUUGUCUCAUCCAAGCGCAACUUGGGUGUAUUCCUGUUCAAGACUUUUCACUGACGCAAGAUAUGGCAAAGAUUUUCAGGCAUGGUGUAAGAGUGACAAAAUGUUUAUCUGAGUUUUUAGCAUUACAAGAAGGGAAGUUUGUCGCAUUUUUGAAUGCAACAAUCCUUGGAAAGUGCUUCAGAUGCAAACUAUGGGAAAACUCAUCAUAUGUAUCCAAGCAACUUGAAAAAAUUGGUGUUACAUUGUCAAAUGCUAUGGUAAAUACCGGACUCACAACAUUUAAGAAGAUUGAAGAUACCAAUGGAAGAGAACUUGAACUGAUUGUUAAUAGGCACCCUCCAUUUGGAAAUCAAAUAAAAGAAUCAGUAAUGUAUCUCCCAAAGUAUGAACUUGGAUUUGAACAGUUGGCACGGUAUGGUCCAACUAUGGCAGAAAUUGUUAUCACCGUUCUAUUAAAGAACUUUGAGCAAUUACAGAGGAAAAGAACUGCCCCGGAUUCACACCAUGUAACACUUAUUAUUGGAGAUGCAGAUAACAAGGUCAUUUUUAAGCAGAAGAUUAAUGAUUCUGCUCUUUUAAAAACUGGAACCUGGACAAGAAAAAUUGAAAUCAAAAGAGCUUCCAAAUCAGAGGACCUUAGUGUAAACCUAAUCAGCUCAGAAUAUGUUGGGCUUGAUAUUCAACAAAACUUCAACGUUUUUUACCUUGGACCAAGAUUUGCUACAGAGAUGGAAGAUCAACACAAAUCUAGAAGUGCACUUUCUGAUGCAAGCAGCCAAAACGCUAGAACUGGAUCUUGUGGCACCCAAGCAGCAAUAAAAAACAGGAUGAGAGAAUGCAAUCAUCAUUGUCGAAACAAAGAUGCCUGUGGACACGAUUGCUGUAAAACUGGAGUCACUCAAAAGGCUGACAUUAAGACAAAUUCAAACUUUGCUUCAUACCUCACUGAUCUGAGGAUUCGAAAUUCAGUUUCAUCAGCUCCACCAGUAAAGAGACUAAAGAUGCAAAUGGAGAGUGAGAACAAUAUAAUGAAUCUACAGACAUUUGUCUACACACCAAAAGCUUCAAUCACAGCAUCAUUAUGGUCUCCAGAAGUGAAAACCCUUGCACAAUCUUCAUUGCACCCAGACAAUGCUAACAAUGUUAAUAGCAUCAACAGUUAUCCACAUCCACCACAAGAUGGUGCAAGAACUACAAUAAACUCUACGAUGAGUAACCUCACUGAUGCAGACAAAAGGAGCUCUUGGUCUGAAAAGAAUUUGAGUGUGACAUUUGAUUUAGGAAAUGAGGUCUGGGAUGAUUUUGAUGAUGACAACUUGCUAGAUGCUAGCAAUGUUUCAAAUGAGGCAACUGCUAUAGCUCUGCCACUGGAUGUUGUGGGACUGCCAGAUGCCACGUCCAAGGCUCUGGGCUUUGCUGCCUCCCUGCACCCAACAAUAGGGGACAUAGGGAACAGUGGGGCCUCAGGGGCUCUGUGGCCUCUAGGUCACUGGAAAAUGGUCCUGAAACUGAAGGAGGUAAAUGACCACACCUCAGACCUCGACAUAAAUACCUUCAGUUCUGGGAGGUAUUCAAAGCAUGGAGACCCAAAGACAUCCUCUCUUGAUUUGUCAAGAACUGUAACAUUGAUAGAGAUGAGAGACAACAGGGAGCCCUCACACCCGCGGAAAGCACGUGGAAACCUUCCUCUUAAGAUUGUGCCAAAUCAUCAGAUCACUAAGAUCCUCAAUCUAUAUGGCUAA